AUGUCAAAUAUCCCAUCCUUUUCAGAAGAGUUCAGAUAUACCGAACAUCUUUUAAGAAUGCAGCUCAAUGCACCAUCUCUGAAGAUUUCUGAGCUUUCUGACUUCAAAUUAAAGCCAAUUAUCACUCAAUUCGAAAAUUUCAUUAAAAAUCACAAUCCAGUCAAUGUUGUAGAUGCAUUUAUACCAGUUUCCGAGAUUUCACAAGACGUAUCUAAUGUUAGUAGAUAUGGAAUUCGUGUUUCACCAAAGGAUGGCUUUGCAUUCACUCUCAAUGAUAUUAAAAUUAAUAAAUCAGGGGAGAACGUAUUAUAUCAUGCUCAAAUUGCUUUAGGAGCUGUUUAUAAUUAUCAAGAUAUGAAAGCACCACUUGAUUCAAUUCAAUACAUCUCUACACCACCAACAUCAGAAAAUCUUCCAUCUGGAUACGACUCUCUUCGUAUUGGAAAUAAUAAAUUCGUUGUUUUCCACCAAAAUCAGGUUAAGAACCUCCAUUUAGUUAAAUUUACAUGGGAUCCAAAGUUUGAAAAGGUAAAUCCAUCAAGAAACGUAUGCGAUAUUUGCGGAAAACCAGAUGCAAAAUUAUAUUGCACAAAUGACCAUUUAAAGCUUUGCCAAAAGUGCGAUGCAUCACAACAUAAGUCUCAAGAAACAAAGAACCAUAAGAGAGAACCAUUAGAAACUUCUUUGAGUCAAAAUCAGAAAUGUCCAGAACAUCAAGACCAUCCUGUACAGUAUUACUGCAACAAAUGCAAACUUCCUGUUUGUGUUGAUUGCAAAGUCAAAGGAUCUCACUCUAACAGAGAGUUUCUUAAGCAUAAAUUAACUCCAAUCGAUGAAGCCUUCAAGAACUGUGUAAAAGAGCAUCAGGAUGAAUCAGACUUUAUAACAAAGCGCCGCCAGAUCCUCGAUAACGAAAUUAAGAAUAAAGAUGCUGAAUUACAGCAAAUUGCCAAGAAUCUCAAAGAAACAGAAGACGAAAUCAUGAGAAUGGCCAUGAAGGCAAUACAUGAUGCAAGAAACCAGUCAAAUCAAUCAGCAAAUCUCGUUAAAUCCGCAAAAUUAGAAUUAAUUCGUAAAAAAAACGAAUUAGAAAGGCAAAAGAACCUUGUUAAAGGUGCUAUUGAUGAAGGUGAACCAUUAUAUGUAUUGCAAACUGUUAAAGAUGAUGAGUUAUACACGAAUUUCGUAAAAGAAAACAAAGAUUUGCCACUUAAGAUUGAAGGAAUCGCAAAUCUCGAUGUUUUCGGACAAAUUCAAGUGAAACCACAGGCAGUUCCAGCGAAAUUGAACAAUUCUUCUUUAGUUCAAAACAGAGAAAUAAAUGAAUUUGAUUCCGAUCAAAAUGCUGAAGAAGAUGAAGAAGAAAUCGAAGAUUUACCACAUAUAUCAUCUCUUGCUAAGAUUGCUGAGAGAAAACUCAAGAAAUUCCAGGAAAUGAAUACAAAAUUUGAUUUUGUUCCAUUCCAGGACUCUCAAAUCUUAACAAAUGAUGAAUUAAGGAACAGAUUAUACCUUUGCUUACCAUUCAAAGCCGUUCCAGAGCCUCACAUCUUAUUCUCCUCAUUUAUCCACGGAAUGACAAUGAAAUCUUUACAUGAAAAUGUCGACAACGUUGGAAUAACAUGUGUUCUUAUCAAAUUCGGCAAGAAUAUCUUCGGAGGAUUCGCCGGAACCAAAUGGACACCAGAUGGCAAUCCAAAACGCGAAAAAUCAUCGACAUUCCUGUUCCAAUUGACAAAGGAUGCCUAUAUUCCAUACGGAGGACAGAAAGAAGACACGUUUUACACUGUUUCCACCGAGAAUUAUAUUUCAUUUGGUGGAGAAGACCUCAAAAUCAGUGGAAAGUCACUUGAAGAGUGUUCUUCUGCUAUAGAAAACUCAUUUGGAGUUGGUUUGAAGUACGGAAGCAAAGCAGCAAAGGAAUUUUUGGCUGGAAAACACCAAUUCAAGCCAGAUGCAAUCGAAAUUUGGGGAUUCUUCUUUCCAAACUAA